CAUCACACCUGUUCCGCUGUGGAAUAAUGGUUGGAAUCCAAAUACACAGCAGAACAAAUCACUGCUUCUUGAAAGACUGGAUGCUGGUGAUUCCGUUUCUAUGGCCUUGCCUUGCAGUCGCAGAGACUUUGAAAGCUGAGAGGGUUCAGACUGUUGUGCCCUCUCCUUGGAGAGCUAAGCGUGCCUGGGUCUGGACCCAACUUGUUGUACCAGAGGAAAUGGAAGCGGGACAAUACGUUGGACGGAUCAAAUCUGACUUAGACAAUGGAGACAACCGUUUCCAGUACAAGCUGCUAGGGUCUGCCGCUGGGAGCUUCAGCAUUGAUGAACAAACAGGUGACAUAUUUGCCACAAGGAAGCUCAACAGAGAAGAACAAUCCCUCUACACCCUGAGAGCUCAGGUCCUAGACAUCACUACUGGAAAGGCUGUGGAAACUGAGUCUGAGUUUAUCAUCCGAGUUUUGGAUAAGAAUGACAAUGAACCCAGAUUCCUAGAUGAACCUUAUGAAGCCGUUGUACCUGAGAUGUCUCCAGAAGGAAUAUUUGUCAUCAAGGUGACAGCCAGUGAUGACGAUGAUCCUACCAGUGGCUAUCACACUCGCAUCCUAUACAACUUAGAAAGAGGCCAACCAUAUUUUUCUGUUGAACCAACAACAGGAGUCAUAAGAAUAGCUUCUAAAAUGGACAGAGAGUUGCAAGAUACAUACUAUGUGGUUAUUCAAGCCAAGGACAUGCUUGGUCAGCCAGGAGCCCUGUCUGGAACAACAACUGUAUCAGUUAAGCUGUCGGAUAUUAAUGACAACAAGCCAAUAUUCAAAGAAAGUUUCUACCGUUUCACUGUAUCUGAAUCUGCACCCAAUGGAACAUCGAUAGGAAAAAUUAUGGCAUACGAUGAUGACAUAGGAGAGAAUGCAGAAAUGGACUAUAGCAUCGAAGAGGAUGAUUCACAAACAUUUGACAUCAUCACUGACAAUAAGACCCAAGAAGGGAUAGUUAUACUAAAAAAGAACAUUAACUUUGAGCAGCAGAGCCACUAUGGCAUUAGAGCCAAAGUAAAAAACCGCCAUGUUGAUGAAGAGCUUGCACCUUUCCAUGUUAACCCCUCCACAACAUACAUUAAAGUCCAAGUGGAAGAUGAGGACGAACCUCCCUUUUUCCUCUUACCAUAUUACAUAUUUGAAAUUUCUGAAGAAAAUCCAUAUGGAACAAUUGUAGGGACAGUCUCUGCCAUGGACCCAGAUCGAAGGCAAUCUCCUAUAAGAUAUUCUCUCUAUGGAAGCAAAAUGUUUGAUAUAAAUGACAAUGGAACAAUCAUUGCCGUUAACAAGCUUGACAGGGAGGUCAGUGCAUGGCACAACCUGAGUGUCACAGCUACAGAAACCAACAAUAUUCAGCAGAAGUCUUCAGUUCCUGUUUAUGUGGAAGUUUUUAACAUUAAUGAUCAUGCUCCUGAAUUUUCUCAGUUCUAUGAGACUUAUGUUUGUGAAAAUGCUGAAGCUGGUGAGAUAAUUCAGACUAUCAGUGCAAUAGAUAGAGAUGAGUCCAUAGAAGAUCACCAUUUUUACUUUAAUCACUCUGUGGAAGAUGCAAACAACUCAAGCUUUAUGCUAAUAGACAAUCAAGAUAACACAGCUGUAAUUCUGACUAACAGAACUGGUUUCAGCCUUAAAGAAGAGCCUGUUUUCUACAUGAUCAUCUUGAUUGCUGAUAAUGGAAUCCCAUCUCUUACAAGCACAAACACCCUCACUAUACAAGUCUGUGACUGUGGAGACAGGGGAAGCACAGAGUCUUGCAGUAACAAGGGACUAUUUUUAAUCCUGGGGUUCAAGAGAGAAGUAAUAAUUGCCAUCCUGCUAUGCAUUAUGGUGAUAUUUGGAUUCAUCUUUUUGAUGCUGGCUCUGAAACAGCGAAGAAAGCAGACCUUAUUUCCAGAUAAGAGUGAAGAUUUUAGAGAGAAUAUAUUUUGCUAUGAUGAUGAAGGAGGUGGGGAAGAAGAUUCAGAGGCGUUUGAUAUCGUAGAGCUGAGACGCAGUACUGUCAUGAGAGAAAGAAAAACCGGCAGGAGCAAGAGCGCGGAGAUCCGGAGCCUGUACAGGCAGUCCCUGCAGGUGGGCCCAGACAGUGCCAUAUUCCGAAAAUUCAUCCAGGAGAAGCUGGAAGAAGCUAACACAGAUCCAUGUGCCCCGCCCUUUGACUCAUUACAGACUUUUGCCUUUGAGGGUACAGGGUCAUCAGCUGGCUCUCUGAGCUCCUUGGGAUCCAGAGCCACUGAGCAUGAAGAGGAUUUUGACUAUCUUAACGACUUGGGACCUCGGUUUAAAAGAUUAGCAUGCAUGUUUGGUUCUGCAGUGCAACCAAACAAUUAAGGCUUCCCAAUAUCAGCAUGCAGUUUUAUGGCACGUAAAUAAAACAUGUACAUAUAUACAGGUAAUAACAGGCUUUUGAGAGUACGGCCUACUCUGGCUUUCUGUCUGGUAGGAGCUCUGGUUUGUAGAACUCUAAUCUUUUCCCAGUACACACCAGAAGUUAUUUCCUGUUCAACACAGAUAUUGGAGGAAUGCUGCCAAUCAGAUUUCAUUUAUCGCUGAAAGUCACCACUACACUCUCUCUGAGAUGGUCUUCUAGAAGUUUUCCAUGUAAUAUAAUGCAGAUUCUCAACAAUUCUGAGGGGCAAAAUGAGAAAUGUAUCAAAUGAAGCAUGCUUUUUUCCAUCUAUUCAUUCUUUUACAAAGUAAGAAUGAAGCUUCCAUGUGUACCCAGUUCCUAAUACUGUACAGAGAUUAAUUUUAACACUUAGGAGAAAUCUGGGUAGGUUCAUAAAGGCAUACAGAUAUUUUCUUUAUAUGAAUAAGCAGUUUUCUGAUUGAGAUUCUAUGAAUUAUUUUAUUUUGAAAAGUUUACCAUGUUUGCAAGUGUUACUCUUUAGUAUUCCAAAUUUGGUCCUAUUUAA